AUGAUCACAAGCACAAUCGAAAUAGCUGCGCCGCCUGCCAAAGUGCGGGAUAUUCUGCUCAACUUCUCAGCAUACCCGGAAUGGCACACGGAAUGGCUCAAGCGGAUCGAGCUUAAGGACACGACCAAGACCCCGCAAGAGCUUUCCUCGGGAGACGAAAUCGAAGUCGACAUUGAGAACUUCAAGUUCGUCGCUGAAGUCAAGGAGAACACCGAGAGCUUGUUUUCUUGGCAAGGCCCGCCCGUGUUUACCAUUGCUGGUUUGCAUAAAUUCCAUAUCGAACCGGCCAAUGAAGGUGCUUCGACUAUUUUCACACAGACUGAGGAUCUCAAGGGUCUCCUUGCGUUCAUUAUGAGUCCUUCUUUGCUUGGGAAGAAGAUGCGUGCCCAUUUCGAUAUUUUCCACAGGGAUCUUAAGGCCCGCGCUGAACUGGCGUGA